AUGCUGAGCGCAUCCGCCUCCAACAAACACUCCCUUCUGUCAUUUGGCCGGAAUGGGGAGACUGGCUCAUCUGCUGAGCAGCUGGCCGCGCCCCACGAUUUCCUCCCUUCUGUUAGCUUCGAUGAUCUCCAGACUAGCAUAGAGUCUGCUUCCACCGAGUUCACUCUCACCCAGUUCCCCUCGCCCAAAGGCGCAGGGAGCAUUCUCGACAAGGGGGACUCAUCCGACGACAACAACAUUAUGCACCAUAGCAGGCCUAGCGCGUCCUCGACCGGCAGCGGCAUCUCGCGGCCUCCCGUCUCCACGGCCGCCGCCGCCGCCGCCGCCGCAUCGUCAUCUUCUGGCCCUUCGUCGGCACGACCGAGCCGCUCCAGCUCCAUCGCGAGAAGGUCGACGGCGUCGGGAAGGCAGGCCAGCAUAUCCUCCGUCACCUCGUCCUCAUCUGGGGCUAUUGACCCCCCGGCCGGCCCGGCCGCCAUGCGCGGUCGCAGACAGAGCCACUACCCUCCCGUCUCCAACGGGAACGCUGCCAUCGCAAAGCCUUCGCGUAGGUCGGUCGGUUCCGGCGUCAUUGGUGAUAGCUCCGAAGCCACGGGGCCCAAGCCUACUCGCCGCCCGAGUUUGGGAGGUGGCAGGCCGGCCAUCCCGGGACGCAAGUCUUUGGAUAUGCUCUCCGCUCCCGGCCAAGAACCCCCUCGAACCUGGGCCACGUCAAGGGCUGCUAAGGCCAAGUCGGUGCAGCCGCCGCCGCGCCAGAGCCAGACAUAUCUCGGCGUCAGCGACGCGCUUGCCCCUGACCCCAACCGGCUAUCUACCCUGGCCCAGCGAUCUCCCCGACAUGGGAACGGGGGACUCUCUACGCCCUCAUCUGGUGCCAAGAGGGCAUCCAUGAUGCCGGGGUCGCAUGGGUCUCACGCACAUGGACUUGGUGCCCGAACCAUCAGUCCCACAGACACUCGAAGGGCGAAGCGAAUGUCCACCAUGCCUUCCUCGCAGAGCCUGAAUCAGGCCGCUGACGUGCCGCCGCCACCGCCUGUCUCUGCCGAUACGCGAGCCGAAUCCAGGUCGCCGUCCAUGAUCCCAAAGGCGGCAUCGGGCACCCCUACUUCGACGAGCACGAGCACCACACCUGACAUAAAUCGCAAGUCCUUCACCUCAGGUCUCCCGGGUGCCCCCGCCACCACGAACGGCAUACCUGUGCGGACGUCUAUUGGUCCCACGCAUCCGCAGGCACAGUCUCUGUCUCGCAUAUCUCAGUCAUUCUCCAUCUCUCGCCUUCCCGCCCCUAAACAAAGCACUGUACACAACCUGUCUGCCGACGAUGAUGAGGAGGUACCUCCUGUCCCGGCCAUUCCCAAGGCGUACGAUUCUCCCAAGGGAUCACCCGCCGAGAGCUUCGUCCUGGAGAGGAAAAGGUCGGCUCUGAGCCUCAUGGAUGCGACAAGUAUACACAGCAACUCGACCGGCAGCAUCGCGAUGCCCGUGCACCCGGAGCCCACGAAGCUCCAGCGGAAACGGAGCGAGCGCAAGAGGUCUCUGGCACCCGGUACAGCCAGCACCAAGCCUAAGAGGUCAAGCCCGCCCCCCGACAGGAGGAAUCUGCAGCCUCUGAGCCUCCCUCCGAUCAACCUGGGCCCCCUCAACAUCCCAAACCUGGACAAGGCUAAGAAGGAGGGCUCCGCCAGCCGAGACCUGAGCCCCCCACCGUCCCGCCAAAUAGCCAAGACGCCGACGACUCCCAUGACGGCAUCGAGGAGCACAUUCUUCCCCAAGAACCACUUCGAGGACCUCCCGCCUCUGCGAAGCAGCAGCUCCGUGCACGUGGUACACGGGCUGACGCCGACACCCCCGGACGGCGACUCGUCGGAAUCCUCUCUGAUCCUCAUGGACCCCGAGGCGGACAAGAAGUCGGGCAUCUCGCCUUUCCUAUCGUCGUCGGCCCCCAAGUCAGACGGGUUCGGAUCCAACUACCCCCAGCGACCCAAGACUGGCGGAGACUUUCCCAAUAUGACGGGCGUCGUGGCGGACGAGGCCACCCGUCAUCAGAAGCCCGCCGGCCCUCGCCCUCCCAGGAGCGAGAAGCAGCCGCCCAAGUCGCCUACUCCUCCUCAGAGCGCUGAGGACCCUGCCACUCCGUCGUCGAUGAGCUCCAUCAGGAGGAAGCUCAGCAUCACGUGGAAGAGGGACAAGCCCAAGGGGAGCGGUGACCGUGCAUCGGAGAUUGCAGGCUCAGCUCAGCAACCUCAGGCGCAGAACCAGGCGCCGCCGCUGCCGCCGUCCCAUCAGCAGCAGCAGCAGCAGCAGCAGCAGCAGCAGCGACAGUCACACCCGCUGCCUCCCCAGCCAUCGGCCAAGCAGGAGAGCAUGCCUCCGCCGCGCAUCCCCAUCUCCUCAACCGUCAGCAAUCUGUCGAGCACGUCUCACCAGAGUCCCAGCCCGUCUACCAAGACCAACGGCAGCAGCUACCUCGAGACGAAGCGACGGAAGAGCUCUACCAACAGCCUCAACCAGUUCGGCACGGGCAACCACGAUAGGCCCAGAGGCGACGCGUGGGGUGGCAAGAAGGAGGUCACGACGACCGAUGUGCCGGCAAUGCCGUCGUCGCGCAACCACCAAUCGGUCAUGAACAAGUUCCUCAAGUCGAAGCCGUCAUCGCACGGUAUGAAGGGCGGGUACGAUCCCUGGACCGCCGAACUCGACAAGGACGACAUGGCGGCCGAGGAUGAGAUGAGGAAGCUGGGCUCGCGACGCAAGGAGACGGAGAUUGCGGCGCGCACGCUGGACGCGCUCCGGAAGAGGGCCACCCCCAAGGAGAGGGUGGGCCCGCACGAGGCGAUCCGCAUCGCCAUGCUCAACAUCUACGAGCGCGGUGAGAUCAUCGACUACAACGACAUCUUCUUCUGCGGGACGCAGGGCGCGCCCAAGGUGGUGGGCGACCUGCACUCGGACAAGCCCAACUUUGGGUACGACGACGACCGCGGCGACUACACGAUCAUCCCCGGCGACCACCUCGCCUACCGGUACGAGAUCGUCGACGUGCUGGGAAAGGGCAGCUUCGGCCAGGUGGUGCGGUGUAUCGACCACAAGCUGGGUGUCUUGGUGGCCAUCAAGAUCAUCCGGAACAAGAAGCGGUUCCACCAGCAGGCUCUUGUCGAGGUGAAUAUCCUCAAGAAGCUUCGCGACUGGACUCUCCUUUCCCUGUGCGUGCAGGACCCCCAUAACAAAUACAGCAUGGUCAACUUCACCCAGAGCUUCUACUUCCGAGGUCACCUGUGCAUCUCGACGGAGCUGCUGGACAUGAACCUGUACGAGUUCAUCAAGACGCACGCGUUCCGGGGCUUCUCGCUGCGCAUCAUCCGCCGCUUCACCAAGCAGAUUCUCAGCUCGCUCAACGUGCUGCAGCAGAAGAAGGUGAUACACUGCGACCUGAAGCCCGAAAACAUCCUUCUGCGGCACCCGCUGCACUCGGAGAUCAAGGUGAUCGAUUUCGGCUCGAGCUGCUUCGAGAACGAGAAGGUGUACACGUACAUCCAAUCGCGCUUCUACCGGUCCCCCGAAGUGAUCCUGGGUAUGACGUACGGCAUGCCCAUCGACAUGUGGAGCGUGGGCUGCAUCCUGGCAGAGCUGUAUACGGGCGUCCCCAUCUUCCCCGGCGAGAACGAGCAGGAGCAGCUGGCGUGCAUCAUGGAGGUAUUCGGCCCUCCGGAGAAGCACCUGAUCGAGAAGAGCACGCGCAAGAAGCUCUUCUUCGACUCGAUGGGCAAGCCGCGCCUGACGGUGUCGUCCAAGGGCCGGCGGCGGCGGCCGUCAUCCAAGACGCUGCAGCAGGUUCUCAAGUGCGACGACGAGGCCUUCCUCGACUUCCUGGCGCGCUGCCUCCGAUGGGACCCGGAACGGCGGAUGAGGCCGGACGAGGCGGUCCGGCACGAAUUCAUCACGGGGCGCAAGACGCCCCCCCGGAUGCCGGUGCGCGACGCAUCGUCGCCGGUCAGACGGCACAAUACGACGUCGGCAUCGGCGUCGUCGUCGUCGGUCGCGAUCCCCCGCCCUCUCCCCGAGCCGCCCACGACGACGGCGGGCCACGGCGGCAGCAGCCACAAGACGAUGGCGGCCACGAUGGCACCCACUGCACGCACGGGUCCUAGCCCGCACAAGGCGGCGGCCCACAGGCGCGCAUCGGGCGUCACGGCUCCGACGGCCGCCAGCAGCGCCAAACGCACCAGCGGGGGCAACGGCAGCGGGAGCGGCAGCGGCAACCACGGCAACACACUCACAGGUAGCCUGACGAGCAUACCGAGCACGAGCACCAGCAGCCUACCACGAGCGUCGGGGCGUACCGCUAGCGGGAGAUACGAUGCAGCCGCGGUAGGGGCUUCGGCCGCCAUGACUGCGAGGAGGGGAUGA